AUGUUUUUGUUUUUGACUGGAUUAAAGCAGAAAAGGGUACCUUCCUACUUUGUCGUGUUAUUUUAUGAUUAUUGAUUUUCUGAUUGAACAGGGUUACUCACACUCUUUACCGUGUCUAAAGCAAGGUUUAUUGUGAUUGUGAUAUUCCCAACUAUUUGAAUAAAGAAGAGAAUUUUAUAAAGUCAUGGGGGCUGUUUUAGGCCUUUGUUCUGCAGCUCAACUGGCAUGCUGCUGUGGAAGUGCUGCCUGCUCACUGUGUUGCUCAGCGUGUCCGUCAUGUGCAAACUCAACAUCGUCCCGGCUGAUGUACGCACUACUGCUGCUGUUGGUGAUGAUCACUGCUUGUAUCACCCUUGCACCUGGCCUCCAAAAUGAGCUCCGGAAAGUUCCUUUUUGUGCAAAUUCAACUUCAACAGGCACACCUCUUAUACCAGGGAGUUUAAAAGUGGAUUGUGAUGAAGCAGUUGGUUAUUUAGCUGUAUAUAGGAUCUGCUUUGCAGCAUGUCUCUUCUUUGUAUUGAUGGCUCUCAUAAUGAUUGGGGUGAGAUCUUCUAAAGAUCCUCGAGCUGGAAUACAGAACGGGUUUUGGGGCAUCAAAUACCUGCUGGUGAUUGGUGGUAUAAUCGGAGCAUUCUUCAUUCCUGAAGGCCAGUUUGCUCACACUUGGAUGGUUUUCGGCAUGAUUGGCGGCUUCUGUUUCAUAGUUAUCCAGCUCAUUCUGAUCAUUGAUUUUGCACAUUCCUGGGCGGAGAAUUGGGUUUCUAAGUAUGAAGAGACGCAAUCACGCGGCUGGUACGCUGCGUUACUUCUGUCUAUGCUGACGUGCUUCGCCCUCACGCUUAUCGGCGUCGUUUUACUUUACGUAUUCUACACGAAGUCGAGCGGGUGUGACCUAUCCAAGUUCUUCAUCUCCAUAAAUCUGAUCCUGGUGGUGAUCGCGAGCGCGGUAUCGAUCUUACCCUCAGUGCAGGAGCAUCAGCCACGCUCGGGCUUGCUGCAGUCGUCCGUCGUGUCGCUCUACGUAUUCUACCUCACCUGGUCGGCCCUGUCCAACGGGGCCGCCGAAUGCAACGCCAUCUCUGGCGGCUCUCAGGAUACAAAAGCGACUUAUUGGAGUUCCUUCGACAAACAGUCGAUGGUCGGGCUGGCCAUCUGGGUGUGCAGCGUGCUGUACUCGAGCAUGCGCACCGCCUCCUCGUCCUCUAAGCUCACAAUGUCCGAUCACAUACUCGCCAAGGAGGGUAGUGCAGGGUAUGGUUCCAUAGAGGGCGGCGACGGCGGCGAGGCGGCGCGCGGCGCGGACGAGGCGAAGGUGUACGACAACGAGGCCGACGGCGUGGCGUACUCCUGGACCUUCUUCCACAUCGUGUUCGCGCUCGCCACCUUGUACAUCAUGAUGACACUCACCAACUGGUACAACCCGAGCUCCGAAUUGUCGAAGCAGAACGCUGCAUCUAUGUGGAUUAAGAUUACAUCGUCGUGGCUCUGCAUCGGGCUGUACAUAUGGACUCUGGUCGCUCCAGCUGUCUUCCCUGAUCGUGAUUUUAACUAAACACUUUUGUAGAGCCAGCAAGGAGGCGAAUAACAUCAUAUUGUAGCUGUAAUAGUGACGCGGUAGCACCCCGAGUUUGGAGCAA